UUACUUGUGUUUUUUUUUUUUUUUAGCUUAAAAAGGAAAUUGCACAGUGCGUUUCCUCCUGCCUCGGCCCCGCCCCAUCUCUGACCCCCGGAGGUGUUCCCGAAACACCUUCAUUUGCAGAUUGGCCUUCCCGCCUGCCGGCCGCUGCGCUGGGGCCAUGCCCCUGCGGCCAGGCACUGGGCAGGCCCAGCAGCCGCUGGAAGCAGAGCCGUGGCAGGGGGCCAAGCGGGCAUUCGGAGGCUCCCUGCAUCCUGGGCUACAGACACCCCGGUUCCACUGAGGAUACCGGAGCAGCCGGCGCCAUGAUGGCCGUGGCAGCGGAUGCGGGCUGGGCCGUGGCGGAGCUGGCAGUGGACGUGAACACGUCGGGCCCCGACAACGCCACGCUGCUCAUGCUGCAGAACCCGGCCAUUGCCGUGGUCCUGCCCGUGGUCUACUCCCUGGUGGCACUGGUCAGCAUCCCCGGGAACCUCUUCUCUCUGUGGGUGCUGGUGCGUCACAUCGGGCCCACGUCGCCCUCGGUCAUCUUCAUGAUCAACCUGAGCGUCACAGACCUCAUGCUGGCCGCCGUGCUGCCCUUCCAGAUCCACUACCAUUGCAGCGGCCAGCACUGGGCCUUCGGCGGCACGCUCUGCACAGCCGUCACCGUGGCCUUCUACGCCAACAUGUACUCCAGCAUCCUCACCAUGACCUGCAUCAGCGUCGACCGCUUCCUGGGCGUGCUGUACCCGCUGGCCUCGGCCCGCUGGCGCCGCCGCCGCUACGCCCUGGCUGCCUGCGCGGCCUGCUGGCUGCUGCUGCUGGCCGCCCUGGCCCCGCUGGCCCGCGCCGACCUCACCUACACCGUGGAGGCGCUGGGCAUCGUCACCUGUUUCGACGUUCUGCCGUGGGGCACGCUGCCCAGCCCGGCCAUGUGGGCCGCCUUCCUCUUCUCGCUCUUCGUCCUGCUCUUCCUGGUGCCCUUCGUGGUCACUGUGGCCUGCUACACAGCCACCAUCCUGAGGCUCCUGCGGACCAGCGACCCACACGGCCAGGCCCGGCGCCGCCGUGCCGUGGGGCUGGCCGCCGUGGUGCUGCUGGCAUUCGUCACCUGCUUCGCGCCCAACAAUUUCGUGCUGCUGGCGCACAUGGUGGGCCGCCUGUUCCUGGGCCGCAGCUACUACCACGUCUACAAGCUCACGCUCUGCCUCAGCUGCCUCAACAACUGCCUCGACCCCUUCGUCUACUACUUCGCCUCCCGCGAGUUCCAGCUGCGCCUGCGUCGCUAUCUGGACUGCGGCCGCCGGCUGCCCGUGGAGGACCUGGACACCCGCAGGGACAGCCUCUUCUCCGCCAGGACGCUGUCCUCGCCCGAGGCCGGCCGCAGCCGCCCCGACAGACGGGAGAGCGAGUUCUGAGCCCAGGGCCGGCCGCAGCCGCCCCGACAGACGGGAGAGCGAGUUGUCACGUGUGAUGCGGGGAGGAGGGCAUGCCACAGG